AUGAAGAUAGAGAGAGGUAUUGGAGAAGUCUGUCGAUGGUUCAAGAUGCUGCUCAACUAUUAUUGCAUGUUGCACACAAAGACCCACACAAUGGACAGUUGGUCUAGCAUGAUGAUGGCCAACAUUAGGAAAGAUCUGCAUUUUAUUGACUACAGGCAUAACAACCCCAGAGAGGACAAAGAAUGGCCCCAAAAGCUAGAACUUGGUGAUGGAAUCCAGAAAACACAUGAUGCUCCGCAUAAAUUUGUGGGCUACAUGAUGAGCAUGUCCUGUGUCUGCUCAACGUCUAAUCCCACCUCACUGCUAUCUGCUGAUGUUGCAUGUUCAUUGAUUGAAGUCAUCAAAGUCUAUACAUGGCAUUAUCAGUUAUUUCCUGCUGUCACCUUAGUUUAUAUCUGA